AGAGAGAGGAUGGCGCGGACCAAGGGGUGGCCAUCACGCUCUCGUUGAGACAUGUGAUCAUUCAAUGUGCUGUCUCUGCAGCUAUGAUCGAUGAGGUGGAGACCCUGCCUGUUGGCUGCCCCAGGGAACCAGGCGAUGGCGGGGGUCCAAUUGGAGCGUUCGAGAGCUUCACGACUUCAUUCGACUGUGGUCGACAGACCCCAGAUCCGCAAGAGUGUGACGUCCCACUGUCCCUGAAUGCUCGGCGGAGGCUGCAUGCCGGCCUACGUCCUACUCUCAUUUUCUCGGCGACGGCUCUCAUCUUUGCUCAUAACCCCCCCUUUGCAAUAAGUUUCAACCUGGGAUACCAUGGCUGGGGUACGCAUAAAAGGAGUUCACGUCAGCUGUAUGAGCUUUGAGCAUCUCGGGCGCUGAAGCUCGCACCCGAAAUGGAGCUUGCGCCCGAGAUGGAGCUCGCGCCCUCAGAGAAUGUCUGACAGGAGCUGACACACAGAGAGGCAUCAGAUUUGUCAGAGAGAAAUACACUGACUCAAGCGCAACGGCAGGCAGAGUCUGUCGGUCUCUCAUAAAAUGACCUGCGUCAAACGACCAACCCUCAAUCAUCCGGCAAACAUGCCAGCACCGUCCUCGCGCCCACCUGGCGUAUCUUCCAGCGGCGCAGCCCACCACGCACACCCAAACAGGGGCAGACCCGCGUCUUGCACCAGUGGUACUGUUCCGGUUCUUGUUGCAUGGGCAACACCGCACAGGACCAGCGGCUGGCUGCAAGGGCAAGGACAUGGCGAGACAUCGUCUCGCAGCACUGCAGAGACGCCCUGCUGAGACGGCGGGAGCUGAUGGGCUGAGUCUGCUGAGACCGAUUCUGCACUCAUUCUGUGUCAAAGGCUGAGCAGGCUCUUGCUGAAUUCUGGAAGCGCCGGAGCGCCAAUGUUUCACGGAACAUUAUCCGUUCACUGGCUGGAGCUAAUGCAGAGCUCACAGUGGACUGUGCAGUGUAUCAGUCCAAAAACCUUUCCUGAGUUGCAAUGGCCCAUCGACCAGCCACGCGAUGAGUUCGCGCCACACAUAUCAACACCCCCUCUCGCGACUCGGCGCGUGUGCUCACUGCAAAGGCACACAUGUCGCGGAUGGCUCCUUGCGGGCGUCAGCUGGUCGUUGCUCCUGGUUGGCCCAACCCACCAAUGACCAACCAUACUGGCAGUGAGAGCGCUCGUGCAUCGUACGAGAGUGCGUGGGACUCUCCACAUGCCAGACCAUCACAGGAACGUUGUGGAACGUUGUGUGCACAGAGUAACUCAUUCACUCCUGUGCAGCAGAGGGCGGGAGCCCGUCGCUGUUGCCCCCACGCGAGAUGAGACGCCUCCUGCGUCUGCCGCCACGCGGCCUGCGUAAACAUGGCCUCUCGCGUCUCGGUCCAUCACCAAAUUGGACCUUUCGGCCGACUUCGGCUCGCAGGGCAAUGCUCCCCCUCUCAAGUUCAGACCCAUUUGGCCGUAGGUCAAUGAACUUCGAGCACAAAUAGUUGUGUCUCGCUGCUGGCAGGGGUUUGGUCAAGAUGUCGGCUGGGUUUUCCUUCCCGUCCACGCGACAAAUCUUGAACCCCUCCACUUCGACUGUCUGUCUCAGCGCCAGAUAGUCAAGACGAAUGUAGUUCUUCCCUUUCGUCUUCUUCUCUUGGGGAUGGGCCGUCAGCGUCCUCGCUGCGUCAUUGUCCGUGUACAACUCCACCGAACUGACCUUCCUCCCGAGUUCCCCCAGGAACUCCUUGAGUGCCAGCAGGUGUUGCGAUGCAUUGUACAGCGCGACAUACUCGGCCACCAUUGUGCUCCCCGUUAUGUAGGUCUGCUUUUUGCACGAUCACGAAACCAGACAGUCAUUGAGGAACGUCAGGUAUCCACCUGUACUCGUUCCGUCCUCAUUGUCGCCGAGACUUGAGUCGGCGUAGCACGUCAGCCUGAUCUCAUCUGUGCCAGACCGCUUGUACACAAGGCGAGCAUCCAUUGUGUCCUUCAGGUAGCGCAUGAGGUGCAUGAGUGCCUUCCAGUGCCAUUGGCUCGGGUCAUUGUUGUGCAUGGCACACUCCUUGACGGCGAAUGCGCAGUCUGGCCUCAAUGCGCACGCCUCGUACGUCACUGAACCGACGCCUUCUCUGUAUGGCAGUCGAUUCAUGCGCUCUCGCUCUUCUUGUGUCUGAGGAGACUGGUCCUUGCUCAGUCGGUGCGUCUGCGGGCAUGGUUGACUGACGGGCUUAGCUAGUAGCAUUCGGUACUUCUCGAGCAUCUUCUUGAUGUAUGGUGCAUGCGAGAGUGCCAUUUCGCCCUUGUCAGCGUCAUAGUCGACAUCCAGUCCGACAAAUGACUUGAUCUUGCCCAGGAAACGUGCCUUGAAGCGAGUGAGGAUCAUCUGCAUGAACCACUCUGGGUCAUUGUCGCCUUUGGUGGGAGCCCAGAAGAUGUCGUCAACAACGACAGCCACUCUGAGGUCUCUCUCCCGCAACACAAAGACACAUGGAUCACUCACGAGCUGCUCAAACAUGAGCUGCUUCAAGUAGUCCGUCAGGCAGAUAUUCCAUGCGCGCGGUGCUUCCUUCAGCCCGUACAGAGCCCUCAGGAGGAGGAUCACCAUUCCUACCCCCUCUGGCCCGUAGCCCGCUGGCACCGCCAUGUAAACAGGCGUGUCCAAAGGCGCACUCAGGAACGCAUUGCUCACGUCGAGAUUGAAGAUGUCGCGCCCCUCCUGCACCUCCAGUGCAAAGAGUGUGCGAAUCGUCGACAGUGAGAGUGUGGGAGCAUACGUCUCCCCGACCUGGUUCGGAUCCUGUGCGAAUCCCUUGAUCACCAGUCGCGCUUUGUAGCGUCCGUCUGCCUUGAUCUUGAACACCCACUUACAUGGAAUGACCUUUCCUUGCGCUUGAGAGGCAGCAACCAACACAAAGACACCCUUGUCUUUCAUGGCCUGCAGCUCCUCGUCGAUGGCCGCGUGCCACUUAGCUUGCUCCUCUGGUGGGAGGCUCGCUAUGUCCUCGAACGUCAGUGGCUCAGUCGGCUUGGCAGUGUCAGUGUCAUUGCCUCCCUCGGCAUUUACAAACGCCGACGACGUAAACACGAAGUCACUCGCGUCGUUGGGCAGACCGACAAAGUCCUUCAGGUCAACCCAGAAGGAAUCAGUGUCCUGCUCUGCAUCCGACCACUGCUCUGCUGCGGGUUCCGCCCGCUCAUCGACGCAAGGAUGGCAGUUCUCGUUGGCCUCUUCGUAGGCUUCUGGUGGCAGGAUGCCCACCAUGGGCUCCUCUGUCUGCCAUGUGUGACUACAGUGAGAGCAUUUGUGAGCCCUCCUUGGCUUCCACAAAUCGACAGCGAGUCUCUGACGUUUCUUCACCAGAUGGACGAACCGACCCUCCUGGCCAGGCUCUCGAACCACCUUUGAGCAACGGGGACAGGAGAGUGCAUCAUCACAGCGCCCGUCGUGAGCUCUCUUGGCCGAGAGAGCCCCGAACAUCGCACCGUCCGACGCUCUUCCUCCAGCCUCAUCACUCAUCGGCUGCUCGCCUCUGGUUGGACUGCUUGGAGGUUGCUGAGGCAACGGGGGAUCUUGCAGUUCUGCCUGCUGCUCACCCUCUCCAUUGAUGGGCGGAUCAGACGGGAGCAUCUCACGAAGAGACGCCUCACUCAUCGGAUCUCCCUCAACAGCAUCCUUUUGCAUCGUGUCAGUAGAAUCCACGGCAGCAGACUCGCCUCUCGGGCGGCGUUGUCGCUUCUGCAACUCUGGCGGCAAGCCCUGCCAACGCUUCGGUCUCAGUCCGUAUUGCCCCGAUACGUCCUUCCUUGACCGUAUAGUCGUGUUGUCGACGAACUCCGGCAUCCCCCCUCUGAGCCAUGCGUCCUCGCUCGAUGGCUCUUGCAGAGGCCCAGCAGGCUGACCAGUGUCGCUCUGAUCCAACCUGGGUUCCUGGGUGUCAGGUGUCCCAUCCUGUGCUUGGUGCGGCAGAGGCUCAGGAGACACGCCAACAGGCCGAUACACGUCGCCCGUCACCUCCCCCUCUCGAGUGUGGAGGUGUGGAUCUACUGAUCGAUGCAGCUUUCCUGUGCGGUAGAAUGAGCAGUUAUCAAAGACUGUCUCCUGUACCCUCGCAGUAAAAACUCGCCUCUUGUGAGGCACGUAAACCAAGCAUCCAUCUUUUGUGCUGGGAGCGUAGCCAAGGUACACACCUUUUUGUGCCUUGGGUGUGAGUGGACCACCCGGCCUCGGACCCCCGGAGAGUGGUUUGGGGAUGUGCAUGUAGCACAUGCACCCGAACACAUGCAGCCCGGUUUUACACAGCAGUGUAAAGUUGGGCUUCUCGCCAUGAUACAACUCGUGCGGGGUUUUCUCAUGCUCAUUCGCCGAAUGAGGCAU